GAAGACAUGUCAGACUACGAAAGAAGUGGAUGAAAACCCUUUUGCGGACAUAGAUGAGUACAUUGAGGAUACAAAUGCUAUUGUACCUCCGGUUGUUGGUGCUUCAACUUUCAAAGUGGAACAUGGGUUAAUCCUAAUGCUCAAAGCGGAGGGGUUUUUCAGGAAUUCCACUGAUGAAGAUCCAACACAACACCUUAGGAACUUCUUGGGAGUAUGUGUUAUGCAUAAGCAGAACAAUGUCUCAGAUGAUGCCCUAAGGUUGAGGGUGUUCAAGUACUCACUAGCUGGAGACGCAAGGAGGUGGCUCCAAAACUUGCCGCCAAAUUCCAUCCGUUCUUGGCCUGAACUUGUCCGAGCAUUUUUAGCUAAAUGGUUCCCACAGAGCAAGAAAUCUGAACUUCGGGAUAAAAUUUUCUUCUUCAAGCAACAACUGGGGGAACAUCUACAUGAGGCAUGGGAUCGAUUCAAAUUAUAUUUGGUGAGGUCUCCCAAUCAUGGUUUUCCGGACUCUAUCUUGUUGGAAAUUUUUUACAUGGGUUUGGAUCCUAUGAACCAAUUUAUAGCGAAGAAUGCAGCUGAUGGAUCUUUUAUGGACAAAUCAUUCACAAGGGUCACACAAAUACUUGACAAAAUGGCAAAACAUAAUCAAGCUUGGCACUCUGAGGAUACCGUAGGUGGAAUUGCAUAUGGUUCGCCUUCCUUGACCAACGUGAUUAAGGAGAAUCAAGAGAGAGAUCAAAUAAUCGCAGGGCUUGCCACAAAUGUCAAUGUGUUGACCAAAAUGUUCACGGAAAGCCAAACAAAGAAGGUGAAUGUGGUGGAGGAUGUGCAACCCACAUCCAAUGAAGAUUUUGAGGAAGCAAACUACAUCAACAACGCGCAAGGAGAUACCAAGGUCAAGGACAACAAAAUCAAUGGAGGCCUAACCCGCAAGGGCAAGGCAACCAACAAUGGCGAAAUGACCAAGGGUCAAUAUUCAAAUCAAGGUUCAUCAAGUGAUUCCAAGUUGGAAAGCAUGCUUGAACGGGUAUUAAAAAAUCAAGAGAAGUCCGACACUUCCAUGAGGAAUAUGACCGAGCUUGUUGGCUCUCAUACCGCGUCUAUUCAAAAAUUGGAAAUGCAAAUGAGAGAUCUCUCAAGGGAACAAAAUCCGAAGCAAAAAGGGACACUUCCAAGUGACACAAUUGCGAACCCAAAGGGUAGUGGGAGUGGCCCAACUUCUCACAUCAUGGCAAUUACUACUCGGAGUGGGAAGGUACUACAAGGAGAGGGUGAACAAGUGAUUGAAGUAGAUGAGUCCGAACAAGGGGUUGAGGUUGAAGAGCCAAGUGUUGUCGAAGUUGACAAGAUUCCGGAAGAUGUGCAAGUGCAAAAAGAGAACUGGGAAGAGGUAAAGGACAAGGUAGAAGAGAUACCAAAUACUCUUCCACCUAUUCCUAUAACUCCUCCUCCAUUCCCUCAAAGACUUGUGAGGAAGAUGCCGGGGUUUGCUAAAUAUUUGAAAGAUUUGAUCACCAAGAAGAGAACCACCAAGAAUGAAGUGGUAAACAUGACUCACCGGGUUAGUUCCAUCAUUGCAACAUCCAUUGUCGAAAAGAAAGGAGAUCCGGGAGCCUUCACCAUUCCAUGUACUAUUGGGGCACGUGAUUUUGCAAGAGCCCUUUAUGAUAAUGGGGCUAGCAUCAACUUAAUGCCUCUUUAUUUAUAA